AUGUUUUGUCGAUUGACAAAGACCGUGCCUAAACAGUGUUUGGUGUAUUUUACCAUCGACGACACCACUGCUGUUGUGCCAACUAAGAAAAUUAUUAUGGUCGAAGGUGCAAGGCCAAUCACCAAGGGAGAGAAAGUUAUGGUAACCUGGAAUGGACAAGGGCAUGAAGCCUAUAUUUUGGAACUUUCUGGUAAGCACAAAGCCAUACUUUUUUAUAUACGUACCUACGCACAAUGAAUUCGAUUCAGCAUUUUACAUAUAUGCACUCGAGCCCAUAGCUUACGCUAGCUAGGCUCAUGAGUUACAGUUUACUUACUUUUAUUAUAUAUAAAGUAGUGCUUUAUAGAGAUUUCGAGCACUGAUAAAAGUGAUAAUCUCACAUGUGAAAUUAUUCAUGAUAAUCUCAUAUGUAAAAAUUAUCGGUUUUCAAUUAUUGCUUUUCUGUAAAAUUGUCGCUUUUCAAAGACUGUCCUUUAUAUAAUAAACAUGGUUGUGGCAUUAUUCUUGGUGGUGAUUUCAAUCAUCUAAACAUUAACCGUAUUUUAUAUCAGUUUAAAAUGAAGCAGCUUGUCAAGAUCAAUACCAGAGGCAAUAAUAUAUUGGACCUAAUCAUAACUAACAUUCCCCAAUAUUAUGAAAAGGAUAAUCUACAAUCUUUUCCCCCUUUCGGAUUGUCGGAUCACAAUGUCUUGUUGUUAACCCCAAAGGAUAGACCUACUUCUGCCAACCGUAGAAAAACGAUUUUAAAGAGAAAUUUAAGUGUAGCUCGGAAAAAUGAACUUGGUCGAUAUUUGAGCUCAAUAAACUAGGACAUAGUAGAUUCAGGAAAAACCUGUGAAGAAAAACUCUCUUUUCUAGAGGACAUUAUCAAAAUCGGAUUGGAUUUUAUUAUGCCAAUUGGUAAAGUGAAGGUUCAUCCUAAGAAUGCCCCCUGGGUCACACCUAAUUUUGUUUACUUAAUCAAAUGUAGACAAAAGGCUUUUAGAGACCAGGACAAUACCUCUUUCCGACAUUAUCGCAAUCUCGUAAACCAAGAGAGGAAAAAAUUACGGGGUAACUAUUUUUCCUGUAAAGUUAGGAAUCUUAAGAAUGCAAAGCCAUCUGCCUGGUGGAAGGAAUUGAAACAACUGUCUGGUAUGCAAACCCCUACACAAUCCGAGAAUUUUAUUUCUCAAUUACAUAUUGACAACAUCGAUAAAGAGAAUUUAUUGGAUAUUGCAAACAGAAUCAAUUCAGCGUUUGUGGAACCUAUGCAAGAAUAUCAACCUCUCCAAUAUAUAUGCUAUACCACUGACUAUGAGUUCACAAAUGACUAUGAGUUCACAAAUAUUACAGAAUUCUCAACAUAUAACAUCCUCAAAAAACUUAAUGCUCGGAAAGCCACUGGCCCCGAUGGAAUUUCCAACUGGAUCCUAAAAGAUUAUGCUGAAAUCCUUGCAAAACCUGUUUGCUCUGUCUUAAGUAGCUCAUAUAAGGAGCAGAGGUUACCAUCAUCGUGGAAAUAUGCAGAUGUCACUCCACUUCCGAAACAAAAGCCAAUUAUGGAUAUAAACAAACACUUGCGACCAAUUUCCUUAACAUCUUGCAUUUCCAAAGUUGGUGAAGAAUUUAUCGUUUCCAACUACAUAGCACCUGCAAUCCUGAAAAUCAUUGAUCCCAACCAAUAUGGUGCUAUUCCAAAAUCAUCAACCACCCAAGCCUUAAUCUCGAUGAUUCAUCAAUGGUCCAAAGCUACGGACAGUUCAGGCGCUGCAGUAAGAGUCAUAUUAUAUGACUAUAGAAAGGCUUUUGAUCUUAUCGAUCAUAACAUUCUAAUCAAGAAAAUUAAUGAUCUACCAAUCCCCCGUAAAGUUGCUUGCUGGGUUGUAGACUUCCUAAUGAAUAGAUUCCAAAGGGUCAAAUUGUCUAAUGUUUAUUCAGACUGGGAAAGAGUACCAUCUGGAGUGCCUCAAGGCACAAAACUAGGCCCUUGGAUAUUCUUAUUAAUGAUAAAUGACCUCCGGCUAGAUGGCAUAGAUACAUGGAAAUACAUCGACGACACCUCUACAUCAGAGAUUAUUCAAAAAGGCACGGAUAGUAAUAUCCAACUUAGUUCCUCUGAACUCCAGGAGUGGUCUUUACAAAAUAGAUUCCAAUUAAAUUCAAGCAAGUGCAAAGAAUUAAGAAUUGACUUCAAACGGGAAAAGCAACAAUUUAAUCCUGUUAUGUUUGACCACUUCAACCGGUUGAAGUGGUCAAACAUGCUAAACUACUGGGUCUUACUAUUUCCAGCUCCUUGAAAUGGAACAUGCACAUCGAGGAUACCAUAAAGAAAGCGAACAAACGUUUGUAUUGCUUAGUACAAUUGAAACGAGCAAAAGUCCCAGAAAAAGAAAUUGUGCAAUUUUACUGUACUUGUAUUAGGCCCGUAUUGGAAUAUGCAGUGCCAGUCUUCCAUCACUCUCUACCACAGUAUCUGGCAGAUGAUUUAGAACGUGUCCAGCAAAGAUCAGUGGGAAUUAUAUUUAAAUGCGAAAAGUAUAAUAAAUGCUUAGAGUAUUCUGGCCUAGAAACUUUAGUCAAUCGAAGGCAAAUGUUAUGUUUGAAGCUGUUUGAUUCGAUAACAUCAAACUCAGAACACAAACUUUAUAAACUUUUACCCCCAAAGAAGAAGCAGACAUAUAAUCUGAGACACAAACGUUCCUUUAGUUCUCUUUUAGCACGUACUAAGCGUUUCAAGAACACUUUUAUACCACAUAUGUUAAAUAGUAAAUAAUGUCAAUUGCACCUUGUAUCCUGUCACCAAUUGUAAAUAUUUAUAUAACCUACACCAUUCUUGUACAUAUUACGUAAACAUCUACGCAAUUCAGCUUCAGCUGCAAAGUAGUUUUAAUAAACAUCUAUCUAUCUAUCUAUCUACUUCUGACAAAAAUUAAGUAAAGUGCCAUGUUAUAUGGUUACUCACUGUAUUGAUACUUGAAUGUUGUCUCGCGUAUUCAAAAAUCAAUUGUUUCAAUAUACUAAUGGAAUAUCAUUCUAAGGGGUAUUGGACACUACUAGAAGGGGGGCACACCCCCUGCACCUUUCCCAGUGGAAAAAUAUUUGUUAUUAUUUAGAAAUUCUGUAACCAUUAUUAUAUAGGCUACAGUAAUUGGUGUUGGGAAGGCUCCUCGACCGCCACUCUCCCCAGUAGGAAAUAUACCAUUGCCUACGACUGCAAGUACACCUGCAAUGGAAGAAAAUCUCCAUCCGACAAUACCAUCUACACCAAAUGCCAGCAACACUCUCUGUGGUGUACAAAAUAUCGCUCUUGGUGGGAUAACCAACGCUAGCCAAGAUCUGAUAGUCCCUUCGACACCAGAUGUCCGCAACUACACUCUUCUUGAUUUGGACAGUAUCGUUAGCGAAGAUCUGGCUCCUUUAAUGACGACACCAAGUAUUGCUCAUGGUGGGAUAACGAAUGCUAGCGAAGAACUGAUAGUGCCUUCGACACCAAAUGCCAGCAACUGCACUCUCUCUGAUUUGGACAGCAUCGUUCCUGGUGGUACUCCUGUCACGACGAACUACUGCACAUAUCGUAAUUUGGACGUUCCCCAGUUCUUAUCUUCCUCUUUUUCAGAUCCACUUCUGUAUCCCUCAUCAUCCAAUAAUCCUGUUCCUUUCAAACAAAAUCGAAGCGAUCCUAGAAUCGACGAAAUCAUGAAUAACUAAAAAAUGAUCAUGAGCAGCCUGAACUCGUUGACUGGACUUGUGAAGCAGUUAAUCCAGCAGCAACAUACCAACAUUCUGCUACGCCGUAAUGAAAUUGUUGGCGACGGUGGUCAAGUUGUUGCCACUGUUGGUACAUCAUACCAGGAAUCGGAAGAAGAUAACAAUAUUUUGCCAUCAACUGUCCCCGAAAACUCUGCAACCGACAUGCCAUUAUCCCAACCGCCGCCAUCGUCAGACUUAGUAAGCAAUGACGAAUUGGCAGCAAUCAAACUUAAAAGCUCUGGCCCAACAGCUUUCGCCGGUGUUUUAUUCAGAAAUCUAUUCACUUUGGGCGAAAUGAAAGGACGAAAUUGUCGUGGUUUGGCGAAGAAAGGAAAGCUUAACGAAGAAAAACUCAACAAAAUACAGGAAUAUGUGUACAAAUACUAUCCGGAUACGCCUGAGCAGUUAAGUCUUACAUGGGCACAUUGUACCCAAACCAUUGACUCCUAUAUAAGAAAUGAGCAGCACAAAGCUAAAAACAUUUAA